GCAGCACUCGGACUGCGUGUAUUGUGUUAUUACGUUCGAGAUUGCUUGCAUUUAAUUUUUAACGCAUCUCCCGUGGCGGUAGUGCAGCGGGUAAUAAUCGAUUGGCGUGAAUUCUGUCUUAAAUGAAGCAGGAUCUUUUCGCCAGUGAUUUGCGUUGUGUGUUUUAAUGUGACAUUUUUGUUAUUGAUAAUUUCGAGGUUUCAGAUCAAUAGAUACAAUUAUAAUAGUGCGAUAGCGAGGAUUAGGACAUUGAGAUAAAAUGUAAGCGGCGCAAUUCUUUGUGCAGCCAUACCGGUACAUAUCUGUUUCAUGUAACAUAGGCGUAUGAUAUAAAUACGCAGUGAUAGCAGGGAUGCGUUGUUGUUUACUUGGAUUAUUAAGUACAGAAGCAACAAUGCCAGCAAAUAGCCACGAAAUAAACAACGAUCUUACUUCCAUUACGCAUUCUGUUUAUACAUAUGAGCCUAAAGAAGAAAGGAAUCUAGAUAUCCAGGACAUAACGACAGAAAACAUGUCUAUUAGUGCACCCGCUGGUCUUAGCUCAGAUCAAAAGCUAGCUUUUGCUCUCCGGGAUUUUUUGGGACCGUCUAAUCUGGUGUUAUCCGAUGAUGCACCACCAUCCAAUGUUGAGCAGAAGCUGCCAUACAUAGACGAAAUCCUAGAUUCAGAAGUGACCAAGUCGGAUGAUGAAUUAACAAAAUCAAAGGAUACUGAUGAAAUGUUGAAUAACGCCGCAUGCAGGCUUCGUCGAUGGCGUGCCGCUUCGCGAAAGCUUAGACGACCUCGUAUUAUUGAUAAUCUGUGUGAUAGUAAAAAGUGUGCCGGAAGUGGGAAGACAUUCAGUGGCGGUCAUACAGAUCUGGCAGAUCGUUUGCGGAGUUUGGCUGCUGCUGGGAGUAUGUCUGCAUCGACUGGAGAGUUGCUGUCCCUGGCGGCGCCGCCACCUGCCGCCACAGCACCGCCGUCGCCGGGUUGCUUGCUGACGCCGAACUUGGCUGAUCAAAGUGCAACUGAAUACUUUGGUUCGAGCCCUGAGAGCAUUGACAUCGCAGGGCUGAAGGGUGGUCUUCCUGCUGGAACGCCUAUGCCACCACCGGGCCCAAGAUAUAUGCUAGCCACAGAGGGGACCUUGAGAAUAUGUUCGUUCCAGCAUACCAGAACAGUCGUCGAUAAGAUACUCGCUGCCAAAUUCUUCAGGCGAUGGGAGACUCACGUGCUGAGCCUGCUUGAAGAAACAGUCGUGUCCAAAACGCCAUCUGGUCAAUUAGAGAAGCCGUUGUCAUACAGCUGCAUGCAGGAAGUAUACUGCAUAUCGAGAUGGGAUCCAGCUAGGAAGUACUGUUUACGCAUCGUCACUCAAAAUGGAUCACUUCUUCUCCAGGCGAAUGAUGCUUACACCAGAGACCAGUGGUACUACUCAAUUAUUUGGAAGAGAAACAUGAUCAGAUAUCGCAAAACGCUUACAAAAACUGCCAGGAAGGAAGUUGUUCUCAGAGAACUAAAGAACAUGGUUGACUUCGUGAUGUCAACUCCGUUGCAAGAUGACUGCGUGGCGAGCACUCCGCUGCAAAUACUAACCAAACUCCUGUCAGAGGAGAUAGAGAGUCCCAAUUGGGAGCAGUGGGCUGAGACCAUGAUCAGCAUGGCGGCGCCCCUGCUGGCUGACCGUGCCGUCAGCGGAGAGCUAUGUGCCCUGCUGGCUCGGCUGUGCAGGCAGCGGCCCAGGUCGGCGCCGCUGCCCGCGUUGGCACCACCCGUGCGCCGCGUGCUCACCAGGAAUGUGGACUUCGGCAAAGCGCCACACGCCAGACAACUCGUGAGGGAUUACAUCAGUGCGUUGAGCGCUCACAACUCCGGCGUGAGCCUGGUGCGUCGGUUCGUGGAGGUGACCCACGGGAACAGAGCGGUGUGUCCCCACCCGCGGGCAGCUCCCAACCUCACUGCGGUGGUCCUUGCUGCCAUCGACGACCAUUACCGCGGCACUGCCACCCCCCACCAGUGUACUGAUGCUGAAUGCGAGGUUCUGUGCUUUGCAGACAUGUUGGAACACAUGUGCGAGUAUGAAGAUUGGUUAGCGAUUGUGGGAGGUGUUCUACAGCCUGUUCCGUUUUGUGCAAGUGCCAUGAUGUGUCCCCGGAUAGGCCCCCGUUUGGAAAACGUGCUCAGUGCUCUGAGCAGGGACCAGCGCUGCAUAGUGCACGGAUGUCUUGCACCAGCUGGGGCCGCUAGACCCUGCCCGCCCUCAUGGCUUAGAGCUGCAGCACCGUCGAAUCCACAACUAGCAAUAGCACAAGUCAACUUGUGCCAGCUAUGGGGCAAUAUGAUACAAACCUUGCUAAAUUGCUGCUGUAAAAGAAAGAGUUUCCUGCAAAGUAUGAGCAAGCAUUUUCCUGACUUUAUACUUGUUGCCCUCACAGAGCACCCGGCAGCCCUUGAAUCGCUGUGUCUUAUGCUGGAAUGGGAGGUUGUAAACGGAGAACAAUCGCAACUUGAAAUAAUAGCAGCUUUGCAAGGAACUGAAUUAGGAAAGAAAUAUUAUCUGGACUUAUGUGAUCGACAACAAACUCUGGAAAUACUGCAAUCUCUUGGUGGUCCGAAACGAUUAGCCUUGCCUGUUCGCGCCACAGACGACGACGUCGCCACGUUGCUGGAGGGCAGCUCGUUGGGAAACCUGGAGUGUCUGAGCCUUGCCUUCACUAGCGUCACGAGUGCCUGCGCAUAUCAUCUCAUUAAGUUGCCAUCACUCCGCUAUCUGAAUCUAUGGUGUACAAAGUUCGGGGACCAGGGUGUGCAGCUGAUAGCAGAACAUCUUCCAAGGCUGCAGGUCCUCAACCUUUGUGAGACUCCAGUUUCUGACAAAGGUGUCGAAGCACUAUCAGGGUUGUCCAGUCUUCGUCGAAUCAAUCUAAACAGCACCAAGCUGUCGGCAGAGGCGUUCGAUAAUCUACGGCAGCAUCUACCACAGCUGCAGGAGUAUGACGUGCGAUAUACCGAGGCUUGGUAACUGACCGAACCAUACGAUAAUACAGCCAAGAGCUAUAUAAGCGACAUUAAAUAAUCCGUAAUCAUUAAAAAAACAACAUAAUUCGCUAAAAUAAUAAAUUUUCCAUAAAAUCAUUUUGGAACAACCUGUAAGUAAUCUAGUAGCCGCGCGCUAUAGUAUAGGCACCGAUACCUACUUCGUGCCAUCUUAUGCGACCACGUGACGGCGAUUAAAAUUUUGUUUACCAAAAAAAUAAUGUAAUUUUUUGAAAAUUUACUCUACACGUGUUUCGCAUUUAAUGUCGCUAUCAUAGUGCUACGCUGUAUAAACUAUUUAUUUAUUAUUCUUAAACCGUUUUAGAAGCUGUUUCAGUAUUAAUGAAAACUUUAUAACAAAAAUCACCAAAAUUAUAACCAAGGCGAUAUAUAAAUUUAUACAUCGCCUUGGGCAUCAUAUUAUAUCUUCGUACGUUACGGUUAGUGAUUUGUGUAAAUUAUAUACUUAUUUCUAUAAAAGGUUCUUAUUUUCAUUAUGUUUCGAAUGUCUACAAUAUUUUGGACAAUGUAUAUGAAUGUCAAAAAGAUAACGAAGAGAACAGAUUUUGAUUUUAAUUUUAACUUGAAGCAUGUUAAAUAAGUAACAAUGUUGACAAAAGUCAGCGAAUACCUAAAUCUUCUGCAUUUUAUUCCAUAUUAACAUAUUAUUAAUUAUUCAUUAUAUCAUUUGUUAUUUUACAUUUUAUUAUUAUACAGCAUAAUACAAUUGAGUUUUUGUAGUUUAUAUUAUUAGUCAUAAAUGAUAUUACAAAUAUAAAUUAUAAAUGUUAGUAUUCAGGGGUCCGAGGACAGCUUUAUGUAUAUAUAUAAAUGGUUUACUGCUACAUAUAAAAGUUGAAACCAAAAAGGUGGAACAGAUUAAGCUUUUUGCGAAGAAAGAGUCAGUUAUGAGAUCUGGUUAAAUCUGUUUUCGCCCCAAACAUUUUUUAUAAAGAAAAUGUUAUCAAAUCAUUAAAGAUGUUUCUAGAAUUGUUCGUUUCAUAUGUUAACAUAUCUUUAUAAUUAGUGAGGUGUUCACAAACUAGGUACCUCUAACAGAUUCUAUAACAUCAAAAAUACCACAUUUGUGUCGUCUAUAUCUGUAUCUUACCUAUAUCUAAAUAAAUAAAUAUUUUAUCAUUCCCAACGCCAUUAAAAUAUUUGACUAACACUCAUUUAAACACGAUAACCUACUUACACUAGGUGCCUACUUGGGCGUGUUUAACACAUGACACAUUCAUGCAAGAGUAUCCAAAAAAAAGUGCUCUAUGUAAAAAUAAAGGCGGGAAUGUGGUCCAAUGUUCUGUUGCUAUAAAUGGGUUGUGUUUUUAUAGUAGGCACUGCGUGAACCUAUAAAAUGCUAAAAAUUUUAAUUACAACACAAACAGAUCAAUUCACGCGAACUAUAUAAAUAAUGAUGCCUACAUUUAUUUCAAUAAAUAUAUAAAAUACAUAAUAUAAUUGUAAGAACUAACAUUUAUUAUUAAUUAUAGAAAUUAUAUGCCUAUAUACAUAUUAAUGUAGGUUCUAUAUUAAGCUAUUUGAUGUUACUAAAUGUUUUAACUAUUAAAUUUACAACUUUAAUGCAUUUACUACAUUACCCUUAUAUAAACAAGUCAGAAACUAUUUUCUUCUGACCAUUAUAUUAGGUAGAUAUCCAGUUUCAAAACAGUGCUAAUGUUUGUGUAAACACUGUUUUAAUUUAUUGGGAUAUAUUAUGGUGAACGUUUAUUAAGAAGUAAUUUAGUAAUACUUAACUACUGCUUUAAAUUUAAUAUCAUUUAUAUUAAGUAUUAACUAUAACGGGUAGAUAAACAUAUUUCUUCGAAUUGUCAUGUUUGUCGACAUAUAACCUAUUUACUAUGGAGGGUAAAGGUAAGGGGAACAAUCUCUGAGUGGCAAAGGUGAUCCUUAAAAGACGUUAAAGUUGGUGUCGCUAAACUACCACUGCGGAGUUAUAUAUGAAUUUGUUAUUUACUACCUACUCAUAAUUAUAUACUUGAGCAAAUAAUCCCUAAAAUAAAAUUGUAUUACUUAUUACCUUACCCAUACCCCACAUAUUGUUAGCAAAUUAAAUGAUUGUAGCACAUAACUAUCGGCUCCGAAGUAUUGUUUUGUGUUUUCAAUAUUUAAAAUAUAUUCGGGUAUAGAGUAUAAAUAUUAUUAUAAUCUGCCUGUUACCAACCAUAAAAAUUGGUUGUCGAAUUAAUCAUCAAACAAGUAUUAUUAUUCUUCUACUAUUUUAAGAUAUCAUAGAUAAGUUGAACUUUUUUUCGGGCUGUGAGGACUAAGGUGUGGUGAUUAUAUUAAAUGGUUGUAAAAAUAUAUCGCCUCUAUCAUCACCAUAUCGUAAGAUUAAUUAAAUAUAUGAUCUCAAUUUCAUUAAAAGAGAUUAUGUUUGAUAGUUCGUUUCAUGUUAUGUAGUUUAAUAUUUAGAUUGUAUUAUUGUUAUUCUCUCGACACUUAUGUUCUCUUUCCCAUGUGUUUACUCAGCUGCUCUUACAACAGGGGUGGGACAGACGCCUUAAAGUGACGUUUUCAGAAGACUGUGGUGCCAUCUGUUAGUUGGCCCGAAAAUGAAAGCUUUGGCAGCUGUCACUCGCUUUGAAUCCUUUCAACUUUUCUUUAUUUGUGUUACUGCCCACUGGUCAUAAAAAGGCGGUCACGACUAGCGUUUGCGCAUGUAUGUAGUUCUCGUGUUCCAUUUUGCAUAUUUACACUACUAAAUCUAUCCUUUAUGUUCUAUGUUGUGACAAAAUUAGAUAACUAACUCUACGCGCAAUUUCAACAUGGUAAAAAAUUGUAAUACCUACAUUAAAAAGCAGAGUUAGUUAUUUAAUUGCGUCAGAACAUUAAAAAUGUAUUUUAUAAUUUCGAGCUUAUAUAUAGUUAUUUUCGGGGCCAAUCUCCAGAUGGCGCUAGCUUUCAAAUAGCUCAUAAUGCGUAGAGAGGGCUCUCUUUUCCCUAUAUAUUAUUAUACUCUUUGUCUUACAUGAAUGAGAUGUCAACUUGUCAUUCACUCGCCCUGUUAACCUCUCCAUCGAUUGAUCAGUGGACCGUAAUCUUUAACGGCCGUUUUCAAUAAACUAUCUAUCCUUAGUUUUUUUAACUAGAGGUAGAUAAAUCUAUCCUUUUACGCUUACUUACUUUUCAAUAACCUAACCAAAUUUCAAGAUAACAUCUUCUACCGAACUUGUGUAUCUGUCGUUCGGAGGACGGAUAGGCUUCUAGGGAUUAAACCUCACAUUCUGAUUGUUCUUACUUGCAUUUCAUUAAAAGUUUCAAGUUAAUAGUUUCAAUUUAGACAGCACUUGUCCUUAAUUGAAAAACGCAAACCAUGGAUAGAUAAGAUAUUGCCAUUUAACGGGGAUAGCAUAUAUCCGUAACUAGAGAUAAUUUAUUGAAAACGGCCUAAAUAAAUAAUAAUAGUAAAAAACUAAAUCCAAUACCACUAAACGUCGUGUGUCAUUUGUCAAUCUAAAAUAUAUGACUUAAACAAACAUUUGACAGUGUAUCACUGUCAAAAAUCAUUCCGUGGCCAAUAUCUUGAUACUAUUUAGUAGAAGGCUGUUUCAAUCACAUUCUUGAUCAUUUUUUGAACCUUGUUAUUUCUUCCGCGUACUAAUUACAUAGAAGAUUUAAGAUAUAUCGUAAUGACAGUAUUAGUAAAAAAGUUUCCUGAUUCAAAUUUUUUUAAGGUAGGUAGGUACCUUAUAUAUUAAAGGUACCUAAAGACUGUCAAAUUGAGGUUGAUAAUUUUGACAGUUCACUGUAGGGUUGGCGUAGUUAAUAUCGAUAGAUAUGCAAUUAUCGAUACUAAGUUAAAAUAUCAAUCUGUCAAAAUUAUCAACAUAAAUUUGACAUACUUAAAUAAGAUUCAUAAUAUUAUAUUGUUGGUGAACUAAUCAUUUAUCAGAGAGCUAUGUAAAUAAACUUCUGAAUUUCAGAGCUUAAUUAAAUAAUUUAAAGUUCGACCAUCUCCGUAGGCUUAACAAUUUUAACCGAUAAAUAUAAUAUUAUCUUAAUUACAAUGCUUUUAAACAUUAUUAAUUGUUAGUUAUGUGGGUACUAAACUGUUUAUAUCUAUGAUGUAUAAUAAUUCUUAUCAUAUACUUCAGUAUUGUUAACAUUAAGUAAAUGUCUAUACUUAUUCAAACGAAUUAAACUUUAAAGAGCUUGCUGGUACAACCAUAAAAAUAGGUAGUGGUUAGAGGCACGGAUCUUAUUUGGUCUUAAUAAAUGAGUACCUUCCUACGUGCGGCUUUCAUCAUGCGUCGGGUCAUGCGCAAACACACACACAUUGUAUAAGCUCCGUAAAAUUUAACGAAAUCUAAGAACCUCGAGCACAGUUUGAUAGUUAAACAGGCACACAUUCCUCAAACUAUAGGUCUUUCUCGAGGACGACCUAUCUAGAAACGAAUAUUCACUGGGAAUAUUCUGACAAUUUUUUUUUAACAUUCCAGCACAUUGAAGUUGGUGAAACGUUGUGUUAAACAAUAAUUUCUGAAGGGGUAACACACAUCUGUAAACAGAUGUAUUUGCCUUAGCUACCAAAUAGUAGUAAAUAAUAAAAGGAACCACAUCGCUGGAAUAUUUCAUUUACUUUUAGUGACUCGUUGACACAUGUUAUUUACGGAGCCCAGUCUAAAUUAUCCACGGCAAGAUUCGUGCCUGUCUAUCUACAUUACACGGCUAUAGUACCUAAGACAAAACGUAUCAUUGCAAAAAUCAGGAGGAUAGCAAAGGAGCGGAUAACUAAAAUCUUACGAAGUGUUGACAGGCGAUACGAAGGUUGGGUUCGCUUGUGUUUCUGACCAAUCAUAAUAUACAGGAUGUUAUCGUUAAGUGUGAUUAAAAGCUUUUAACUGAUAUCGAAAGUACGGUAGAUAAAAUGUCAUCGAAUAGUUUUUAAAAAUCAAACGAGAAAUAUCCAAAAUGUUGAUAUUAAACACUCACUUUUUGAUAUCUGUAAUAGUAACGGAAUAAUCGCCCGGUCACACUUAACGAUUACACCCUGUAGAUGCAUCAAUUAACUCUUUAAGUACCUAAAUGGCAUAAAAUUAGCUAUUAUUGCAUCUAAAGUAAGAGUAUGUGUGCGAAGGUUUGUAUUAGUUCGUUAAAAAAUUGGCCUAGGAUUUUUGUAAUAUUCCAACUUGUCUAAUCAGUGGGCCUACCAUGAACUGUUAUUGCGAUUCAUUUGACGACCAUUUGAAUUUAGGUUGACGUCAAAUCAAAUCAGAUAUUGAAUCGCAGACUGUUUUAGCUCGUUCAUUCAAAGCAUAUUACUAUAAUACGCAAUGGUUCUAGUAAGAGAGACAGACUUAUGCAAUACUGUACAGCGUCAUCUCUUUCUAACACUGCGGACCACAGACAAUUUUUAUUCGUUCAUUCUUCCUUAAGCGAUUUAAACGCCAUUCUGUUAUAGGCACUUCAGGGUACGAAACUUAGCGAGCCAGUUUAGGUACCUAAACUGAACUGCAUCGGAAUUGAAUCGCUAAUUAAAAGUUGAUGGCAGGUCUUCUGAUGGUACUUACUAAAUAUAUAUAACCGUUACGUGAUAGUGUUUCUGAUACUUACAAUGCGGUAAUGAAGCUGUAAUAAGUAAAUUCUUUGUACGCUGGAUGUUCGCUUCAAGAGGCCUGAUCUAUUCAUCUACCUAACCUUUAAAAUAACUAAUAACUAAUUAACAAAUAAUGUUCUUACGAAGUUAUUCAAAUUUUAAUUCUUGGUUUUAUUGUAUACUUAAUUCGGUAAGUACUUUAUAAUGCACUUAGUUAUUCGAUGUUAUUAAAGAGGUUAAGACUAAAUCAGUGUACCUAAUGUCCGUGUAUACUUUUUAAUAAAAUAAAUUCAAAAAAUGUCA